CACUCAGCGCAGAUGAUAUCAGAGAGGGAUAGCUGAGGCUGGCAGCAAAGCUACUUAGGAAAUCAGCAACAUCCACUUAGGACACAUUCCAUGCCUGUACAAAGCAGUGAGCCAACUGCAAGGAGCCUCUGGGCAUCGUAAAUUUUAACGUGACUCUAAAGCUGAUAGUCAUGGAAAUCCAACCAAGAGAAAACCAAGAGGAUGGAGAAAAGUCCCCCGAAUCCAAGGACCUGCUGACCAGCCAGACAGCCAGUACCUUGUGCAUCAGCUCACGCAGUGAAUCUGGAUGGAGCACUCCACCACUGAACAAGUGGGAUGUUUACCAUAAGCCAGUCAUUGUCUUGUCAGUGGGUGGAGCUGUCUUCCUCUUUGGUGUGGCUAUCACCAGCCUAACCUGCCUCACUGUGGACAAAAAUAUCACCAUAGCAAACAACACAAUAACGAAAAACACAACCAAAGAGGUAUUUAAAUUGUGUGGACCAGCCUUCCUGUCCCUUGGCCUCAUGUUGCUCGUUUGUGGGCUUGUCUGGAUCCCUAUCAUCCGCAAAAAACUGAGACAGAAGCAAAAGUACCACAUUCUUCAGAGCAUUAAGUCUUUCUUCCUUAACCGCUGAAGGCAAGUUUGGCUGCAAGGAGGAAGAGAACUGUGUGUGAUCAGGACAAGGCCCAGUGUCCAUUCUAUCAAUCUACAAAUCUGAAAGGGUGUUACUCCUAAUCCCCUACUCUUCGCUCUCUUUAUAAGGGAUUAAUCCACCGCUUGGCAAAGGAACUACUGAAUGGUUUGUAUUAGUUCAGUAAAUAAACUACACAUUCUCCACAAGACUAUCCCAUGUUAGUGACACCGGGACUAAAACUGCAAAACAGAUGCCACACCAAUUGUUUCAACUAAUUGGUACCUUGUCACACAGAAUUUUGUUUAAAGGACACUUAAGUUUUUAUUACUAUACAAGGUUUGGAUAGCAGGAACCUGUGCCUAUGACCAAUAUUGCCCCCAAUGUGACUAAUAGAGAUUGCUUCUCUGAGAAAGCAGUAAGGUAUUUCUUAUAUGAAAUGGCAUCAGGUUUUAAAAACAAAUGCACAAAAAAUUGCUCACAGAAAUGGUGCUAAGUUUACAAGACAGUUUCAUUGGCUACUUUUUGUUUCAUUCUGUUUUCCUUCAUGAAAGGAAGCCAUUCUACAAGCUGACAGUUUUGUGAGAGCAAAAUGAUCUAUCAUGAAAAUUUCUCUGAUUAUCCACAGGAGAAUGUCUGAUGUUUCCCAGCAGGUAUAGGCUUACUUAUCAGACCCUGGAUUCCCAAAUCAGAAUCAAAUGCUCUCAAAAGAAGAGACAAUAGUAGUCAACAUUGUAAAAGAAAGGGUCUGGCAGUUAUGUUAUUACAGCAGAAAUGGCUGGUUGUUUGGUAAGGAAAUUGGCUUUGUGUACAAAAUAUGCUUUCUCCACCUAAUCUAAUGAUGGCCAUGAGUUACAGAUUCCUCACAUUUGUAUUCACCAUCCCAUCACCAAUCCUAUGACGAUCUUCAGGACAAGGAGGAAUUAUGACAGGGGCUUCACUUCUCAUUGUUGCACCGGAUAUUGCUCACAGGAGGGUUGUGGGAACAUCAAUGUACUGCAUCCAAAUUGAGAAAACAAACCACUGUUGUUUGCUGCAGAUGAUACCCAAUAAGGCAGGAUUAGACCAGGAGACACUACUUAAUCAAUUAUACUUAACUAAUCUAGGAUUUUGGUGAGAGUUUCCAGCAAUGAUGCAACACAAACCUACAGUGAACCAAAACAGAUCCAAGGACAACUACCGGUAGGAAGAAACAUGAAUCUGUCAAGUUUAUUCACUUAUCCCAGACUCAUAAUGAAAAUCAUGACUGUGAAGUCAAUUUUCCAUGAAUAUCUGGAAAGGUUGAAAGACUCGGAAGUUUAGAAUGCUUUCUUCACCAAUUCGAACACCUUCUCUUCAUUCUUUGAAAGAAUAUCAUGGUCAAUGUCUUGCAAUCCCAUGAGAAACAUUCCUCAUUACAAUCCAAAAUCGAGUAGAGCUACAUGGCCCUUGAAAACUCCACUGUACACAGAGAACAAAUGCAAAGGGGGAGAGUGGAAAGAAGAAAGAAAGAGACACAGAGAGAAAAAUAGAAAGGUAGGGGUAGAGAGAAGUGCUUUGGACUUGGCAAGCACAAAGGAAAUUUAAACGACUUGGGCACUGGAGAGUAGGCAGGAGUGGUGAGAGAUCUGUGCAGAGGUCGCACUCACAUUGUCACUGGGGAUUAUCUCAAAAAUUGUUUCAAAGGCUAUUGAACUGUGCUGUUUGAUGAAGCAUUAGGAUAUUUAUUUAGAACAAAUCAGAAGUACAACCCAGAGAUGUUAUUCCUUAAAGAAGCCGUAAUGUUGCAAGAUUUUCCUGUAGCUGCCUUUUAGAUAUCAUUCAGGCUUCUGGAUUAUACCAAAGUGCAUCCUUUAAGUGCUGCUUCACAUAUUCUUUGCCUUCCUUCCAAAAUGCAUUUCUUAGGUGUCCCCACUUGCACUUAUAGACAAAAUGUGAUUUCCUAGCACUAUGAAAGCUGAUCCCAACCAACUGUUCUAUGUUUGCAACCUAUGUUAGACCGUGCAUAAGGAACAGAAAGGGUAUUCUCUUAUGGCUUUUUUCUGUCCCAUAUCCACCGCACAACCCAGAGUUAAGUAUUAAUUUUCUUCAAGACCUAGUGAGAUUGGGUGGUCCUACAAAUGCAUCAGCUUGGACAAUGACUAUGAGAUUAGAGGCUAUGAUUUUAAAUCAGUUAUUUAAAUGUAUGUAUUGGGUUUUAUUUAUGAUUUUAAUGUUUAAUGUGCUGUAUAUUUACUUGCUUUUAUGUUUAUGGCAUUGAAUUGCCAAACUGGAAGCCGCUCUGAGUUCCCUUCAGUGUGAGAUAGAGUGGGGUAAAAUGCAGUAAAUAAAUAAAUAGUAAUACUGUUUGGAUAGAUGAGACACUGCCCCUCUAACUGCCAUACCUUCACCCACCAGCAAGUGGGCGUGACAUCUGUUUAGAGCCUACAAGUGAGGACAUUAGGUGGCAAAUCAGAAUUGGUCCUAACUCUGACAAUCAAUUUACUUUGCCUCUGGUGAUCCUUGCCUUCUAGGUCUACUUGCCCAGGUGAGAAUCAGUUGGUAUUCUGUCCUAUUCCAUCCAUCAGAGGAAAAAAAAAAGUAGCUUCUCUGACUCAAUAGCACUCUUUCUCUUAUGUCUUCUGCUCCCCCAUCCCUCUCAUCUCUCUUCUGUCAGGGUUGAAGUCAAAUGGUGGAGAAUGAGAUGCCGAUUUCCUAAUUCUCAUUCUCUGGCCAUGUCUAAGUCUCUAUUUUCUGUUAACAUUAUCUCUUUCAAUAUUCUGAAAUCUUGAGCAUCUAACAGAUUCCAGGGGCUAUUCCAUGCAACUGAAAAACAUUUUUAAACAAAAUCCCUCUCUUUAUAUUUUAUGCUUCCCAUGAAAUUCCUAUAAACCCAAAUUCAGCACCAAUUCUGGCCACCCUGAACAUGGGAAUAUGACUUGAGCAUUGAACUAUGAUUAUGGAGACCAGCGUUGGAAUCCCUGUUCAGCCGUGAAAACCUUCUGGAUGAUCUUGGCAAGCUACAUUCUCUCACUCUCAGAGGAAAGCAAUAGCCAGCGUCCUCUGAAUAAACCUCGACAAGAAAAUCCUAAGAUAGGUUUGCCUUAGGUUUGCCAUAAGUCAGAAAUGGUUUGAAGGCAAACAAUGGUAAGAAAGUGUAUGCACAGGCCAACAGGAUAGUCCUUUAAGGAUUAUGUGCAUUAUUAUGCCCCAUUGCAAGCUAUGGAAAGCCAUAGCUAGUCAAUGUAUGAACAAGUACACAAAACGGCCUUGUGGUCAGUCUGUGCUGCUGGCAAUGAUCCAUGUAUCCAAGACUAAGACCAACAGAACCUCAUGGCUCUCAUAGAUCCACAAGAAAAUAUCACAGUCACUAUGCAUAUGUCAUUUGGAGGUAGAAUUAAAGUGUCCAGAAUUGGGGAAAUGUAGCAUCUUCCUAACAGGAUCAUAACAACAAAUGAUAAAGUUUAUAACUUGCAGGACAGAAGAACAGAAAUUAGUAUAUAGCAUCAGGAAUUACCAUCAAAAUGAACUAAAGAGUUGGGAUCAUUUCUAGCGAACAGGGAAAACCAAAGUUCCUUGCUUCCAUAUUUUGGCACUGUCAGUAAUUUCACGCAAGAUGUAUAGCAAUCUACAUCAAAGCCAAAAUAGCAGUCAGUAAGACUUAGAAAUAUGAAAAUAUUUAAGUACAACCCUAUGUAUGAAUGUAUGAAUGUCUACCCAAUGUCACUCUCCAAUAAGUGCACAUAGGAUUACAAUACAUCCUUCAAUGGUUCCAAUUUGGCAAGGAUAGUCCCAUGAAUCCUAUACAGUCCUCCUUCUUUUUUGAAAAAAUGCUCCAGUUUCUGUCUCCUCCUCCUCUUUCCCCCCCUUUGUCCUCAGUUUAUUCCAAUUGCUGCAAAUUCAAUAGUCUGUACUCAAUUAGCUCAGCAGAGGAAGGGGAGAAAGUAAGGCAGAUGUUCCCCUCACAACAGUCAGGCAAAAGCAAACUGCUGAAGUCCCUACUAGAAUGUGUAUUCUUCUUUCUUAAUAACUUUUGUCAUAUUGACUACAUUCCAGUUCUGUUUGUCUAUUUAUGUCUCAAUUUCUGUCUAUGAAAUAUUCAAGGGUAUAUCAUUUCAGAGCUUGACGACUGCAACAGAGCUUGUGGUCAGUUCUCCCACCCAGACAUUGUGGGCUGAACAAGUGCAUUAGGAACAUCAGGUCAGCCAACUGUGACUGGAAAGUGACAGACAAUAUAUUCUGGUUUAUAUUUCAGUUAUUCUUGUGUAUUGGGGGCCUGCUUGUGGUUACAUUGCAAAUUGCUGCUCCAAGAACUGAGGUUUAUCAUCCUUUCUUCCCCCUCCUUCCCAAAAUUGGGUUUCUGGCCACUUUGGGGUGCCAGAACCUCAGGGGUACAAAAGUGCUUUGAUGUCUGCAUGCAACCCUCAGACCACAAAUCUUUGGAUUACAGCCUCAACUACAGACAGGCUUUAAAUUCCAGACUUACAGGAUAAAGAGGAAUUUGACAAUUGACUUGAUUUAUGUGCUCAAUUUGCCACAAUGCCUUAAUGUAGUCUUUUGUCUUUUCUCAAAAAGUGAUUCCAUAAUUGUGCAUCAUUCUCUUCUGCUGCUAUUAGGCUGGGCCCUGCUGGCAGAAUCUCCCUUUAAAAGAGCUGAUCAGAGUGGGAAAGGGUGGGGAACGCUAAUGGGAGUAUGCAGUGCACUUUCUGUAACUCUCUGGGAAAACAUGAGGGAAUCUGGCAGUCAGAGACAGUAAAAUUUCCAUUCAGGAGGCCAGCAGCUGCUGAAAUCUGAGCACACUAAGUGUUUCCUGAUGCUUACCACCACACUGGCAUUGCUACCACUCUCCUGGGAAUCAAUGCUUUCAAAUUACUGUGCUGCUACAGACUUUCUGAUUGGCAGUUGAAUCAAGCUCAGAAAACCACUGCCCUUUUGGAAGGGGUUCAGAAAUAGGUGGGUGAACAGAACAGUGUAAUAGUGAGGGAACCAACUAUUUCUUCACACACAGAUAUAUCAAGAAUCCCAAACAUAGAGGACUCUGAACAGAGGACCCACCCACAGUAUUUUGCUUCCUGAGACAAAUAAAAGAUGGUUCCCCCAGCAUUUCAUGAACAGAAGCUGGAAGUUGAACCUCACAUUUUACACCAGCACCUGAGGUCAACAAGCCUCCUUUGAUGGGUACUGGGCAGGCACGCCAAUAGCCUUCAUAAUUGGGAAUGGCCAGGGAAAUCCAUGAAAGGAACAGCUAAGUCACUGAUUUUCCACUUCACCUCCCAGCAUCUGCCACCUGAAGUGGCUGCCUUGCUCUAUCACAAAUAGUUAUCUGAAUGAUUGAUUUAUUGUUAAUGAUUGAAAGAAUAACUUAUGGGAUAAUCUGUCCCAUAUCUCACAGUAAUGGCUAGCCUUGACUGGCACCAAAAUUUGGGGAAGUGAGCAACCUUAGGCAAUAUAACCUUGCUUUGGUCACGAUUCUGCCCAGAAGCAGCACUUACAAUGAGCUGGUAAUCCCUCUUCCUUCUCUGUUCCACUGUAAACUCCCAAAACACUCGACAACUCAGUGCCUAGAAGUGAACCAAACAGCGAAUAAAGAUUUUCAUCUUGUUCUUCUUCAAAGGAGUUCAAUGUGCCUUGUCAGUUCUUCCCCUACCAAUACUAUCUCCAGGACCACUUUGUAAGGUAGGUUAAGGUGGAAAAUACCAACUGUCCAAAAGUAAUCCAAACAUCUUGAUGGCUUUCAGAGAUUUGAAUCUGGUUCUCUCCAGUCCUAACCUGACACACUAAAAUACUGCUGUGUCACAAUGUCUCAAGCAAGAUUCCUCUUCCUGCAGAGGAGAUGGUUGGGAAAACCCUGAAUUUGGGACAAUUGCACCACAUAUCAUGAGAUAUUCUAAGCUCUGCUGUUAUAAACUUCCAUAUUGUUCCCAACUGGAAAUGCAAAAACCUGAAAUAUGCUGUCCUUUUCUAAACGUAUUUUAGUUUAUGCUUCUGCUGAAAAUGCGUGUUUUGUAUCUAUGGCAGGACUUGUUCUGAGAAGCGAAUAAAUCCUUUGUUAAUGAACCUUGUA